GCCGUUACGCUACCCGCCGAGCCCCGCGGCUGCGCUCCGCACGCCCCUGGCUCCGAGUCGACGGCCGCGAGCGGAGGCCCAGAAUCCAUAUCCUUGGAUGAUGCAGGCCCCUGCCGUGACGGAGACGGCUUCCGGUAACGGCUCUCACCGCAGCGGAGGAGCCCUCCAGAGAGAUAGACCGUCUAAUACCAAGAAAGAAGAUGUAUCACCAUCCUGCAGAGGCUGUAAUGAAGUCAAACCAACUUUUCCUGGCGAUGACUGGGGUUCCUCGGCGCUAGAGCAAAGAACUAAUGACAGAGAAAUCAGCAGUGUUGACAAAACAGGUUUAGCGGAGCUGUCUUUGUCAGGGAGUCAAGUUACUAAUGUGGCAAGUACUUACUCUCAGUCAAGUGAGCUUGAAGACAGCGUUGAAUGUAGGUAUUUGAAUGAAACAUACUCUGUACACCUUUCAGAGUCAAAACUAAAGAAUGAAAGUCUUGUUCAUUUAAAUUUACAAUUAGAUCCUGAAAUACAGAAAGAAGAAGAGAUGUUUUUUGAUAUUUUGGAGCAUCAAGGUGACAAGACUGCAGGCUUAGAAAGAAUCUGUGAGAUUCCAAAAGAUGACUGUAAAGCAACUGCUGCAGACACGCCGAAGCGCGACAAUGAUGAGGACUCGCAGCAGGAGUAUCACAGUGCGGAAGAGCAGGAGUACGUAAGUAGCUGCUUACCCUCUGACAGGAGCAAGACGUUGAGUGUGUCCACUCCGGAAGCGGUUGAAUUAGGAAAUUCGGGCUGUGAAGGUAAACGUGCGAGCAGUCUAGAAGAUAACCGUGUCAGGUGGGAAGGUGGCUCUGUUAUCUCUCUGGAUUCGUGGGACAUUUACGAUGGAGCAGAGUCACCUCGUGUCUCCAGGUCUCGGGGUUCUGUUGCGGGGAAGGAGCAUCAGGACCCGGAGCGUGGGGGGAGUGGGGAGCGAGGGGCCAGCUUGUUGUACCACACGGCGCCGGACGACACUGUGCCAAGAAGCAGUUCUCUGGGAAACCACGCGUCUCCAUCUCCCAGGGCCUUCAUGACUCCCCAGAAAGCAUUAAAAGCUAAAAUUUAUACUGAAAAGGUGAAAUCUCAAAUUACUGAAAGUAAAGAUUUUUGUGGAAGCACAACUGCUGAGAACAAAAUACUACAGCACCUUGAAGGUUCCAGCAUGUUGCCCAAGAACACAGCUUUGGCAGCACUGCUGCAGCCCUGUGGAGACUGUGCAGCCCCCUGGAGUCCGGGGCUGGAUGCUUCAGGCGUUUCUGCCUGUGCAUACUCACAGUAUCCAAGUAUCCAGAGCACCCCAGACCCGGCCUUGGGCUUUGCUGUUCCGCCGCCAAGGCUGGCGGUCAGAGAUCAUCAGGCACUGAAAGCGGGUGGCUUGCUGACAGUUGCUGGCGGCAGCACCGUGAAGCAGCCGUGCUUCUAUGGUGUGGCAGACGCUCGCCCUGAGUCCGCGACAAGUGCAGCAAGGUGUGUCGUCAGAGUUCAUCAGGCAGUGGACGUCAGCGCUGACUUCAGAGCUCGUUUCACAGCCAGCAGGGCUACGAGCGCGAGAGCGUCUGUAGUGUCAGCGUCAACCAACACGGAGAUAACGAUGAUGAAUAAAAGGCGGCCUGCCGGAAGUGCGAGUGAGAAACAGAGGAGUGUGGCCUGCAACACAGACUGGCCGGACGGCGAGGACGCGCGGGGGCCUGCGCCGGAAGCAUCGGGAGCGUCUGAUGGACAUGUGCUAAGCGAGGAUUCUCAGGAACUAAGAAAAACAUCUGAUACCACAGACUUAAAGAACCAUCCUGAGAGGGGGCUCCAGGCUGCUGCGGACGCGGAGGGAGGUGGGCCGUCUGUGUGCUGUCGGAGGCUGCUGCAGCGGGCCAGGGACGCAGAGCUGCACCUGCUGAGCGCUCGCUACCAGCUGUGUCAGCGCCACGGUUGUGAUCUCUACAGACUUGUGACGGAAAACAGAGAAGGGCUGAACAGGAAUCUGUCAAGUAAUUCUGCUAAGAAGGAAUUAGGAUCAGCCCUACUGUCUGUUUUGGGAGCCUUGAGAGUUAGAUACGAGAGUCUGAAAGAAAAAAUACAUAAGGGGAUUCCACUGGAAGAGCUGCCGCCGCUGGCAAUGGAGUCGAAAUUAUUAUCUACCUUCUCUGCCUUCGCCUCCAGGUUAAUGAAAGAAGAACCACAUGUUUUUUCAGGAGCAGAUUCUGAACUAGAUAAUCAGAGUGCGUGUGAGGUUGACAUGUCUUCAGGCCUAAAAAAGACGCCGUCUCAAGUGUCUCUGUUGCCUGACAGUAGUCAUCCUAAACAAGAUACAUCACCCAGUAAAGAUGGCUUGAAAAAUGGUGACAUAAAUGUAGACUUCAGUCAACUGAAACUUGAUGACAGAGACUGCAGACGUUACCAAGAAGUAAGUGACAACUGGUUUGAUGCUAAAGAGAACCUCACAGGAGCUGACUUCUCAGGAAUACAAGAAAACCAAGUAGAACAGGAGCAGUGGAAUCCGAAAUUCACACCAGAAUUGAAAAAUGUUGAGCCCUCGGGAAAAGACAAAGGGUUUCUGAUACAUGUCGGCGGUCUCUGCCCUUCGGUGUCUGAGGCUGAUUUAAGGUCUCAUUUUCAGAAAUACCAAGUUUCUGCAAUUUCAAUUGAUGAUUCUUCAUCUAAUUACAGAUAUGCAUCUCUUGCCUUUAAGAAAAACAGUGAUGCCAAGAUGGCUGUGAAGGAAAUGAAUGGGGUAGAGAUAAGUGGGAGAGCAGUGAACGUGCGGCUUGUUAAAACCCCUGGAGAAUGCGCGUCGCCGCUUCCCUCCACAAGGGGAAACAGAGCUCGCGUGGGUCAUUUGGAGAAGACCAACCAGGAAGCCCACUCAGCACCCUCUGCCUCCCGGCCGCCCAGGACGAGGCCUCGGCAGCGGGGGCCUGAGCAGGACAGCGAGUUUUUCCCUUUGGACCAGCACGUCAAGAAGAACUGUAAGCAGAUUGAGUCUGCCAGACUGCUGCCUGGUGUGCAGUUCGUGCCUCCACAUAGCUUGAACAUGCGGAGCUUCACCAAGAUCGUGAAGAGACUGGCUGAGCUGCAUCCUGAAGUCAGCAGAGACCAGCUCAUAGAUGCUCUUCAGGAAGUGAGAACUAACCACCACGGCUUUCUGAACGGCUUACCCAUUCACACCAUCGUGGAGAUGACGUCGUCCGUGCUGAGAGACUCCGCGUCCAGUUAGGAACGAAGGAGCGGCAAAGAGCUGGGGCUGGGCCAUGCCAGAGCCAGGAGCCACGAACUCUGGGUCUCAUGCAUUGGUGAUGAAGACCUAGACACUGGCGCCGAGAGCCAUGGUCUGCUGCCUCCAGGGUUAGUGUCACCAGGAAGCUGGGUCACGAACGGAGGUGGACAUGAAACUCAGGUACUUGGAUGUGGGAUUUGAGUGCCCCAAGUGGUGGCUUACUCUGCUGUGCCCCAGCACCCAGGACCCCGCACCCAUUAGCGAGGGUGUCCUGUUACGGUCAAGAUGUUGGCCUGGACUGUCAUCCUGGGCCUUGAGUGAGGGUCCGAGGGGUGGGGAACGGUCAGGGCUCUGCUUCUAAGAUAUUCGCGUGGUGGGUGCCACGAGAGCCCUUCCUGCGUGGCCUUUCUUUCCGUAGGGCUCCUUCAGUGUCUGCUUGUGGGAGCUGGCUCGUCUGAGCAGGAGCGGACAGGACGGAAGCUGCCUGGUGAGAGGUCACGUGGCCCUCGCCGCCGGCAGCGGUCCUCGGGGUGGGAAUUACGCUCCACCUCUACAGGAGGGUCCAGCAAAUAAUGUGUGUGUGUGUGUGUGUUUAAUUACCACAGACUGAUGUAGAACCCCUGCUCUAAAAUGGAGACUUUGGUUCUAGUUGUCGAUGUCUAGAAAUUCAAGCCACUUUCCACUGAACAGCUAGAAAAGCUGAAAAAAAUAAAAUAAAAAAACAAUACCUGCGUGGAGGCACUGGAGAGCUGGCAACGUAACCACGGGUUCUGGGCUAGAGCGGAGGUGAGUCCCACAGAACCACGCCUGACGGAGGGCCCGAGCUCCCCUGUGUUGUCUGCAGAGAGCAGUGGGGAGUUUGGGGUGCUCUGGCAGCACGCUGGCUGGGCACAGGAGUCCGUCCGCGUGGUAUCGGGACCCCAGAGGGCUGGACGCUGGGAGCAGCUGGGAGCCAGAAAUAGCAUAAACUAAAACCACACGAAUGAAAACCAGCUUAAGCACUAAUAACAGAAGCUGCCCACAGAGACUCCAUGUAUUUAAUUUAUCGGGCACACUUGUAAGAACACAUGCUUACACUAUAUGUGGUUAUUUGCUAAGAUAUCAGUAAUGAUUCUCCUCUGUGUCCAUACUUCUUUGCAACGUAGCUGUGAAACUUCCUGUGAAGAGAGUGUUGUCCUGCCGUGUUAGGCAGGGCUGGCUACGACUUGCUUUGAGAUGUUAGGCCAUUCCCCAGCGUAGACCUCAGGAGACUGAAGACAGCCUUGUGGUGAAGCCCAGACAGCCUGCGGGACAGGAGACACCUGGAAGACGGGCAGGGGAUUCUGCCCUGCAGCCUGCCUUCCCAGACCUGGGAGAACUGGGCACACCUCGGCAGGCACCUGCCAGCCUGGCAGCACUGCCGCAGGCCGGAGGGAGCCCACCCAGACGAGAAUCGCUCGGGGGGACCAGCCCUGGGCUCGCUGGCAGCUCAGAGGCUCGGCAGAGGGAGCUGGUUUGCUAGACCUGCACAAGCUCACUGACUCGGUGUAUCGGUUCAAGGACACAAAAGACGGCAUUGUGGGUUUCAACAGAGAGCUUAAGUUACUUUUAAAAUGGAAAUUCCAUUGAUGAGAAAUGAAAUAGCCGAACACAGUAACUCAGGCUCUGUAGCAGAUCAGGCAAGCAGUGAAGUGGGAGAAAGGUCACAGCUAAGCAGUGGAGCUUAGGAAGAAGAAAGCAAAGGGAGAAGCAUGUGCCGUGGAGACAGUGACGAGCACUGACGUUUGUGUGACUGUGAUGCAGUUUUAUCCAGAGAGGAGAGAAAAUAGAGAGGCACAAUUCUGUUAAAAUUAUAGUUGCAGUAUUUUUUUUUUUUUGACAGGCCGAGUGGACAGUGAGAGACAGAGAGAAAGGUUGUCCUUCCAUUGGUUCACCCCACAAUGGCCGCCAUGGCCAGCGCACCGCACUGAUCCGAAGGCAGGAGCCAGGUGCUUCUCCUGGUCUCCCAUGGGGUGCAGGGCCCAAGCACCUGGGCCAUCCUCCACUGCACUCCUGGGCCACAGCAGAGGGCUGGCCUGGAAGAGGGGCAACCGGGACAGAAUCCAGCGCCCUGACCAGGACUAGAACCUGGGGUGCCGGCGCCGCAGGUGGAAGGUUAGCCUAUUGAGCCGCGGCGCCGGCUACAGUAUUUUUUAAAUGUGAAAAAAUCAAGACAAAUUCAGUGAAGCCUUUCAAAACCCAAGCCAGGAAAAGAAAGAAUACCUCAGACAUCAAAGAAAAAUGGCUUGAAAGAUCCAAACCAAAAUGAACGUCCAUGAAGCAGCCGAGAGAAGGUUUGUCUGAGGAUGGCAGCAGUUGGCCUGCCGCCUGACUCAGGCAGACGCUGUCGGGUAGUUCUGUACCCAGGGAAACUGCAGGAGCAAAUGUCAAGUGAUUUCCAUGUAAAUAAGGAAGGGUGGUUUGUUUCUCUAGGAAAAGGCCCACGCUAAAGAACUGAACCACUGAUGAGCAUUUUAUGAGGUAGGAAAGUGAUUUUUAAAUGAAAAGUAAAAAGUGCAGGAAAAAGGAAGGUCACAGAGCAGCUGGGGGGUGCCCUGGAGCAGUGCUGACUGACAGCGUCCUGGGGUGGGCGGGGGGCAGAGCGGCUGACACGCUGGUGCUGACAGUGCCAGAGGGAGGGAGGACGCAGGUGACGCACUCUCGGCCAGUCUGGGAAGGAAGAAGGUUCUGUGGCGGACCCCGGGCCCACACCCUCCCGCCACGUUCCGUGUUCACUAGGACUCAUGGCUGUGAUUUAUUGUAGCAAAAGACACAGGACGUAAGGUUAGCAGAGGUCAGAGGUCAGAGGCACGAGGAGCCACGUCAGAGAGGCCAGCCACAGGCUUGCAAGGAACCUUCCGGCCGAGUCUCACAGACGUGCUGCUUCCCCAGGGAUGCACGCUAACGUCUCUGAGAAGGUCACUGGAGACUCCGUGCUCGAUUCAUGGGGAUUUUUCAUGUCUGCUCACACCAACGUCUUAAACUCUGAGGGAAAAUAGCGUCCGGCAGGAACCACACAGCCGUGCGAGCAGGUUCGGCACACGAAGCGGUUACGUCUGCAGUCGCGGGCCUCAGAAUCAGGCUCUCCAGAGCGCCAGCCACGGCCAGCUUUUCAGGCAGGUCUUUGUAGGGACAGAGGCUCGCACGCUACCUUAACCUCUCUCCUGCACUUGCACUGGGUAGCAGACUUGGACGGCUAGAGCGCAUGUUGCAGUCAUUGGAGCAACCAUUAAAAAAGCAAUUUUUGAAAGCAUGCAAAGCGUGGUACACGCUUACGCUAGUGCCUGAGAUGCCACGUCCCACGUCAGGUUAUCUGACUCCAGCUUCCUGGUCACGCAGAUCAGAGGAGGCAGUGGUGAUGGCUCCUCGUCUGACUCCAGCUUCCUGGUCACGCAGAUCAGAGGAGGCAGUGUGAUGGCUCCUCGCCCCCCACGUGGGAGCUGUGGAUCUCCUGGCUGCUGGCUUCAGCCUGCCCAGCACACGUGCUUUCAGACAUUGGGGGAGUGAAUCAGCAGAUGGGGAUCUCGCCGCUCUGUCUUGCUCUCCUCCCUCCCCUCUUCCAAAUAAAUGAAUAAAUCCAAACAUUAAAUCAAAAUGCAUCAAGGACAUAACACAUUAAGAGUUGAAACUAUGCCGACGCUGCGGCUCACUAGGCUAAUCCUCCGCCUUGUGGCGCCAGCACACCGGGUUCUAGUCCCGGUCGGGGCGCCGGAUUCUGUCCCGGUUGCCCCUCUUCCAGGCCAGCUCUCUGCUGUGGCCAGGGAGUGCAGUGGAGGAUGGCCCAGGUGCUUGGGCCCUGCACCCACAUGGGAGACCAGGAUAAGUACCUGGCUCCUGCCUUCGGAUCAGCACGGUGCGCCGGCCUCGGCAGCCAUUGGAGGGUGAGCCAACAGCAAAGGAAGACCUUU